AUGUCCUCUCGACAAGAAGGCGAAACCAUUGUUCUGGGCAGCAUACUUGGUAUGGACAUAUCCAAACUCCUGGAGAUCAAAGCCCCAGCUGUCAAAGACGUUGUUACCGCCAAAAUGGUGGGGACUAUUAAUGCUCUGGAUGCAACCCCUGGCCUCGGAAUUCCUUCUGGACUAGUCUUUCUACCACGACCCAAAUUGAAUGCCAACCGUUCACGUCAGACGGGCACAUACGGUUGGGAUCCCGAGUCAUGGGUGACCAUGCAGAUUUCCACCUACCCCUUGUUCAGGCCUCUCAAAAAGACUGCAUAUAUGAUGCACAAGGGUUUGAAUGUUGAGUUCUCUGGGAUCAUCCUGCACUGUCCCAAGACGCCCAUGGCAGAGUCUACAUUCUGGAUCCCAGUCAGUCAGUGUCUCCACAAGUGGUACAAGGUUAAGGUUGACACGGGUGACUGGGACUGGUUAGAGCUCUCUAGACUCCUAUCUGGAGUUCAGGAGCUAUGUCUUGUCCUCAACUCCCACAAUCCGCGCGAGAGGUGGGAGCUGGGUUUGCUCGUCAGGAAGAAGGUAAUGCUGGCAUAUGGCGAAGUGAGAUGGGUUCAAACUGUUUGUAGAGUUUGGGUGCGCCUAGAAACAAACACGAAUAAUCUGAAGGAGCUGGAAAGACAGUUCCGCGAGAAGAGCGACCAAAUGAUUUUCGGGGAGAGAGUUGACAAUCAGAGGUGGUGCAUCGAAGAGAGUUCUGAUUCGGAGAGCGUAUAAAAGGGGAAAUGAACAUGAAGGGGUUGUGGUUUCCUAGUCAACGCUAUUGACGACGACAUGAGUAUGAUCAGACCAAAAGUGUGGAGAGCGAGAGCGUCUCUUGGCGCCUGGGAC